AUGGAACUACCAAAUGAAAAUAUUCAGGAAACACCUGUUUCUUCAAGAGAUGUUGGAAGAACUAUUACAAAGAAAAGAUUACCUCUAAAAGACUUUGAUGACACAGUUUCUUCAAGUGGUAGUAUUACUUCAAUGAAUUUUGGGAAUCAUGAUAUUUCUACUGAUUAUAUUCAAAGGAAAAAAAAUACUAUUACAGAUUCUGAUCUUCCACGUUUGUAUAGGGAAAUUUUUGCUACAGCUGAUCAAUCAGAAAUAGUAGAUCAAAUAAUAAAAAUAAUUCAACUUCAUUCAAAAACUAAAAUUGAUGGUUUACUUGGAAAUGCAAAAAUACAACAAAAUGUUUUAGAAGGACAAUGUGAACGUUUGGCAGCUGCUAUUGCACGUGUCAAAGGGGGAGACAUUUUAAUUGAAAAAGAUAACAUAAAAGAUUCUUCUGUUACUGAUGCACAAUUAAAUGCUUUGAUUCGUUGUGAAUCCGAUGUUAAAGAAAGACAUAAGAAGUUAUUACAAAAAAAAGAUGCUCUUGAUCAAGAAGUAGAGAGAGUCAGAAGUAUGUUUGAAUAUUGUAGAGUUAAGGGAAGUGAAUACAAAGCAAACAAAGUAAAAUUAAAUUAUUAUCUUGAUUUCUUAAAAGAAAGUCAUGCACGAUGUAAAGCUGUUUGUAAACAAUUAAAAGCUGAAAGUGAUGCAGAGAUUCGAAAUAUUCAGGCACAGGCUGAAGAUCGAGCACAAGACAUGGUAACAUCAAUGAAAAUUUCUGAAUUACAUCUUAAAGAUUUGAAAACUCAAGUUGCUGCAGUAGACAACAAAAUUAAAGAAAUGACGGCGAUACUUCAAGAUAUUCUUGCACAAAAUGAAGAAGACUCUUCAGAUAUUGAUUCAAAAGCUUAA